CGAAGAAAACCGAAGGAGAUCCGAGCUGAAUAAGUCUAUGUAUUUCAUAUACUAUGGCAAGAAAUAUUACAUGACAUAACCGCAAUGUCACACACGAUUAGAUAUCGAAUAGAGAACUUUAGAUGAUCAUUUAACACAGUGUUUAUUUGUGUUUUCUUGUUAGAAAAUAAUAAAAUGAAAAAACGAAUAAAGAGACAGAGCGCAAUUCUGGCUAUCCCCACUUUCUCUUGUAGGUCGCGAGGAAGAGAGAGAAUGAGGACAAAAUUGUUUACCUUUUUGUAUUUAAGUACUUUGGACGUUUGUUGGAAAUUAGUAACGGAUAAGUGUUAUGCGAAAAUCCUUUAUUGACGAUUAAUUUUGGACAUAUAUGACAAUCUUGGCGUAACACGAUUUUAAUAAGAGAAAUUUUUGUUGUAAAAUAUAUUGUGAGCAAUAAUGUUGGACUUUCUUGUUGAAAUCGUCACUUCUCGCAUCAAACAAAUAGAUAUAUCUGAAAAAGAAAGAGAAAAAGAAGCAAAUACAAGCGAGGAUGUUGAAAGUAUAAAUGUUGAUGUAUCCUUCUCAGAAAUUUUAAAUUUAUUGUUUGAAAUAAAACAAGAAAAAGAUCAAAUUUCCAAAAAGAUGAAGAAAAAGAUCAGUGCGAUAGAAGUCAAGAUGAAUAAUUUAUUUCAAAAUGUAACUACUUCGACAGAAAUUGAAUUUGAUAAUAUUAUAGUUCUUGCGGCAGCUUAUUGUAAUUUAGGUUACAUAUAUAUUUACAAACAAGAAAAUUAUGAUGUUGGUAAAGAUCAUCUUGUAAAAUGUAUGGAAUUGUUGAAGGGAAAAGAAUUGCACCGUAAAGCUAUUUUGAUAGCUAUCGAAGUACUUAUCGAACUAAGUGAAGUUUGGAAAAAAUUAUUGCAGUAUGAAAAUUGUGUUCCAUUGUUAGAUAAAGCAAUGGAACUAUAUAUAAAUUAUACAAAGGAAGAGGAUGAAUAUCCACAUCCUAUCGAUGUAGAAAUUAUUGCUUGUGGUAAAGAUAAAACAGAAAACUCCAAAAUUUUUCUGGCUGACCUUCAUUUCUUAACUUUAGAUAAAAUAGAAGAGCUGUAUCGUGUUGUACCUAGAGAUAAGCAUAAAUUUGUAAUAUACGUUCAUAAUUUAUUGACUGAACUGGUGACUAAAAGAGAAGUCCCAACAGAAAACAAAAUCUCUUUGUCUUGGGCUAAAACUUCAGCUGAUUUAUGUACUUACUUCUUAUUUCAUGAUCGCUUUAUUGAAGCCAAAGUUCAUCUUGUUGCUGCAAAUUAUAUGAUAGAGACGUAUUUCUCAUUAGUGGUAAUGGAUGAGGAUUCUACAGAAUUUUUUGAAAAUCGUGAUAAUUAUAGCAAAGUACUUGCAUAUACCUGUAAACUCUGGGGAAUAUAUGGUAUAAGGCUUUUACGUUCAUCAAAAGAACGAUUACUACAGUAUAAAAGUGAUAAAUCUUAUGAGGCAAAUAACAUAAAGUCAGAAUCUCUUGCAAAAUCUGAGGAGGAAUUAAUGAUACCCCUACUAUUUAUUGAUUUAGAAAAUGAAUUAAAAAACUUUUUUACACCAUAUAACAUAGAUACAUAUGUCUCAAAUCUAAAUGAGGCCAAAAUAGUUUUUACGAAUAUUUUAAGAUGGUUUGAUUCAUCAAAAGUAUAUUAUACAGUUGAAAGAUAUUUUUUAAAUCAUGUGGAAAUAAUAAUAGGAAUUUCCGAAGCAUACAAAUAUUAUGCAUAUUUUCAACGAAGUCAAAAUGAACAGAUAAAAGUAGUUAAACAACAUAUAGAUGUUUUGAAGAAUGCUGUUAGUACAGUACAUUCAAAAUAUAAUACAGUUAAAGAAUUUCUCCAGGUUAAGAAAAUUAAUUUUAAACUAGCAGUUGCUUAUUCCAAUCUCUUAGAUAUGAGAUCUGAGGAAUUAGAUGAACUUGAAGAAAUUACUGACGAAAUGAGAAUGGAAACUACGCAAUUAAUAAAAAAUACCAUAGACAAUUUCAAUUUAUUUAUAGAUCAUUAAACUUAAAAUCAUAGCUUUUUUUACAUAUUUGAAUUUUUAGAUUUUUCUCGUAUUUGCCUAUAAUAUGUUUAUUAUAUAUUUUUAGAUUUGACUCAUAUUUUUCUAUAAGUUUUUGUUAUAUCAACCCGUUUUACAUUUGAAACUUUUAUGCAUGUCUCCUAUUUGCAACAUUAUAGACAUAAAAACAGAGAUAUUCAUAAAACUGUUCAUAAAGGAAAGAAAUAUUUAGACUUAAAAAUCAAAAUUUUUAUACAUUAAAAUUAUUUUUAUACAAUCUGUUUAUUAUGUGUAUAUAUUCCAUAACUAGUAUAAUAAUUUUUUUAUUAUAUGCUCAUAAUAUUGACAAAAUAAAAAAAAAAUUAAGAGUUUUUGAAUUGCAAUGUUUCUGAAGUUUUGUGAUUUUUUGUCAUUUCUCUUAUAAUUAUAUAUUCUUAUAAUAACUUUGUUCAUUUUAGAGAAAAUCCUGGAGUCACAGAUAAACAUUAACUAAAGGCUCUCUAAUUUUGACGUAAAAAUGACGUUCU